GUUUUAUUAACCACAUGAAAUUGUAAUAAACUAUUUAAAUUUUAAGAUUCAUUUUAAUUUUUUAUGUUAGGUAAAAGUAUUAGAAAGGUACUCUGUUCAGUGCUGUGUUAAAGGCGGUUUCCAAAGGUGGGGAAAGAGACUGCUGUGGGAUUUGAUCAAUAAAACAUCCAGAGCUUGAGACUAUUAAUUGUGCACUAUCAGGCUGGAGGAGAGGGAAGUAACUAAACAUAGACUAAAUCUCUGCAGGCGGUGGGGAUCUAGUCCGUGCCAUCAGGAGUCUGGGACAUGAUUCAUCUCGUUUCACAGGAGAAAUCAAAUUAAUCAACCCCUAGAAGCGCCUGUUUCUUCUCCGCUGACUAUAAAAGGAGCCUGACUAGCUCGGUGGUGGAUGUUGUUUCUGUAGGCAUCUAAAAUUAGGUGGGAGAGAUUCCACACUGAGGACGUGGUGGGAGAGCUGGAGUGGCUGUGAUUAUUGCCUCGUUAGCAGUGGCUUUUGAAGCGGAUCUCCAGUAAGAAGGUUGGUGUAGUGAUAAGGCUGGAGAAAUUAUACCAGGAUUAGGAGAUGACACCAGCUGGAUCCACAUUUCCAAUGUAUCUUCCUUGUUGAUGCAAGCGUUGAUCCCCGUGGGUUUGUUAGGAGGGCUCUGAAGGCUCCUUUGGAGUCGCUCUUCCCCCUUUGGCAGGCACGGCAGGUAGCGGUGUGUCCCCGUACCUGGGACUUAUCUCCAUUCACCACCUGUGUAAUCCUCACCGCGUUGACAAAAAUUGUCAGCAAGGAUUCAGGGCGUUGACUUAAAUUGAACCAUAAUGUGGAACAGUAGUACGACCUACAGCGUGUCCUGUUAAGACACCAUGAGAGACAUCUAUGAGAUGAGUAUUCUCCAGCUGUACUUUAAACUUGUUGAUAAAGUGGUUUCUUACCCGUUCAAUGCAUCACAAUGAUUUUUGUAUUCUAAUUCAUCACAAUGUGUAUAUAGUACUAUGUCAAAUACGUUAUACAUAAAUAAGGUUUGCUUUUAUCAAUUAAAUUGUAAUUACAUAAAAAAAUAGCAUAUUGCUUUUUAAAUAUGCUGCUGGUUCUGAAUGAAGUUUCCUUUAGGUUUUUAAUUCUGAGUCCUGUAAAAUAUGGCUUCAUUUUUUUGUUUGGAAUCGGUGACACCUGACUGGGCUGUAAUUGCCCAUGUCCCUCUGUUUUAUCCUUUGAUACAAGCACAUCUUCAGUGAUAAGCUCUGUAGGCAGGUUUUUAGCUGUAUGGUACCUGAACUUGCUGGUCUGAGAAGGUCCAACGUUGAGCACUCACUGGAACCCUGAGCUGAACUGGGUUCCUUAGUCCUUUUCUGAAUGAGAACUGGAGAAUCUGCCACUUCCAGUCAGUGGGGAGUUGGUGCCAUUGGUUGGUAAGGUUCCUCUGUAGUUCUCAUGUUCCUUAUUUUGAUGUAAAAUAGCAAGAAAACAGGAUUGUAUGGUUCAUUUAACCUGUUCUUAUUUAUGUACUGUUACAAAUAAACCAGUUAUAAAAUUACAGUAGCCUCCCUUGUUUGUUUUUUUGUUGUUGUUGCAGUAAAAGCAAAGGGCAGGUGCAGGUCCUGAAAUCCUGGGGCAGUGGGUCGUUCAUGGCAGCGUGGGAUGGGAGAGGGGCUUUGCUCUGUGGCCUCUUCCUAAAGCUCUGCAACCUUUUAAAAAACCCACCAUAUUAACAGUAUCUAAUAUUCCUCGUUUUCCUUCCCCUGGAUUGCCCACGCUGCUGUUGCAGUGCAUGCUGUGUUCUCUAGGGCAUGUCUCAUUUUGGCUGUUUUCUGUCUCUCUUCUUCCCUUCUGCCUUCCAGUGUACACCAUUCUGUCUAAGGUGCACUCUGACCGGAACGUCUACCCUUCUGCUGGAGUUCUCUUUGUUCAUGUUUUGGAGAGAGAGUACUUUAAGGGGGAAUUCCCUCCUUACCCAAAGCCUGGUGAAAUAAGUAAUGAUCCCAUCACGUUUAAUACCAACCUGAUGGGUUACCCCGACAGGCCCGGGUGGCUGCGCUACAUACAGAGGACCCCCUACAGCGAUGGGGUGCUCUACGGCUCCCCGACCGUGGACAGCGUGGGCAAACCCACCGUCAUCGAGAUCACUGCAUACAACAGGCGUACCUUUGAGACAGCAAGACAUAAUUUGAUCAUUAAUAUAAUGUCAGCAGAAGAUUUCCCUCUGCCCUAUCAAGCGGAGUUCUUCAUAAGGAACAUGAACGUAGAGGAGAUGUUGGCCAGUGAGGUUCUCGGAGACUUCCUGGGGGCGGUGAAAAACGUGUGGCAGCCGGAACGCCUCAACGCCAUCAACAUCACCUCGGCCCUGGACAGGGGAGGGAGAGUCCCCCUCCCCAUCAACGACAUGAAGGAGGGGGUCUAUGUCAUGGUCGGGGCAGAUGUCCCCUUCUCUUCCUGCCUGCGGGAGGUGGAAAACCCCCAAAAUCAGCUGCGGUGCAGCCAGGAAAUGGAGCCCCUCAUCACCUGCGACAAGAAGUUCCGUACACAGUUCCACAUCGACUGGUGUAAGAUCUCCCUGGUUGACAACACAAAGCAAGUGUCCACCUUUCAGGAGGUGGUUCGUGGCGAGGGGAUACUGCCCGAUGGCGGGGAGUACAAGCCCCCUUCUGACUCCCUGAAGAGCAGAGACUAUUACUCGGAUUUCCUCGUUACCCUGGCCGUGCCCUCGGCAGUAGCACUGGUGCUGUUCCUAAUCCUUGCCUAUAUCAUGUGCUGCCGACGGGAAGGAGUGGAAAAGAGAAACAUGCAAACACCAGACAUCCAGCUGGUGCACCACAGCGCGAUCCAGAAGUCCACCAAAGAGCUGCGGGACAUGUCCAAGAACAGGGAGAUGGCCUGGCCCCUCUCCACGCUGCCCGUCUUCCACCCCGGCACCGGCGAGGUCGUGCCGGCCCUUCACGCCGACAGCUUCGAGCCCACCAGCAUGCCCCUCAUGCAGACCCAGCAGAACCUGCCCCACCAGACGCGGAUCCCGCAGCAGCAGAGCGCAGGAGAAUUUCGUAUGACAACAUUUCAAAGAUUUGAGGUAAAUGGUAUUCCUGAGGAGCGGAAGCUGACGGACGCCAUCACUUUGUGAUGGGAGAAGGCGGCGAAUGGUCCCGUUCCCCCCCCCCCCCAGGGAUGCAGAGUGUCGGGCUGCAGCACCGGGUGGUGCAGUGACGGAGCCUGGGACCCCCCGAAACCCGAGGGACCCCCCGACCCCUGAGGGACUCCAGCCCUUUGUACCGGACACGAUGGACAAUUUGUAAACACCCCGGUAACUUUUUAUAUCUGUUACAUUCAGAAAGUAACCUCUCAACUCUACGUAUGGAUAAAUACUCGACUCUGUUCUGUCUUGGGAUCUCUCCUGGAAGCUUUCCCGGGGAAAUCAAAGCUUCUGGAGGAGGGGUUCAGCGUGGUGGGACAGAUGAUGGCACUGCCCCACCUUACCUGUCACACAGUUCCACCUGAGCAGCAAAACCUGGGCAGUGGGAUGAGGCUUUAUUAUCCCAGCUUUAGUAGGCAUGGAUUUUGUGGAGACUCUCAAAAUGUAACAAAGUUUUUGAGAAAAAAAAAAACUCAACAAAAAAACCCAAAGGAAAACCUAAAACUAUUCCUGUUGAAAAUUGGAUUUCUGUUUCUUGACCCAAUUUGACACCUUGUAAGCAAGAAACUGUUUAAAAUCUGUCCAUU